UACGUUUGCUUGGUCUCCUAAAAUAAACAAAGUGUUCCCAAUUAGAAUGUAGUGCACUGCAAGAUUUAAUAGGAAAAAAAUUAUCAUAAAUUGCUUAUUUUUAUGCACGGUGUUUUCCAUAUAUCAUAUAUCGAAAAAUAUAUACUUUUGCAGCAAUAAAAAUAUAGUUGUGCAUUGUUUUAAAUUGUUUCGCCAUGUCUGAAAUGCGAAUCCGUCCACGACAGGUGCUCAUACUUAUUAUUGUGUUCCUAGUGAUAUUGCUUUUAGUGCAUCGGAAUGGGAAGCGUACUUGCCAGGGUCCCGAAUUUUUGCAGGCUAUUUAUGCUAAGCAAACGGAGAACGCUUUACCAAAAAUUUAUGCAAUAACACCAACAUACAGCCGCCCAUCGCAAAAAGCCGAACUAACAAGAUUGUCACAUAUAUUCAUGCUUAUGCCUAAUUUACAUUGGAUUUUAAUUGAAGAUUCCAAUACAACGACGAAAGUAGUGCGCAACCUGUUAAAGCGAGCGGGUUUAACGGAACGUUCAACCCAACUCAACAUUAAAACACCAGUUAAUUAUAAAUUGAAAAAUAAAGAUCCGAACUGGCUGAAGCCACGUGGAGUGGAACAACGAAAUUUAGCCCUCAGCUGGAUACGUACAAAUGUAGAUCCAGCGGAACAUAGUGUGAUAUUUUUUAUGGACGAUGACAACUCUUACAGUGUUGAGCUGUUUGUGGAAAUGACUAAAAUCGAACCCGGACGCGUUGGCAUAUGGCCAGUGGGUUUAGUAGGUGGACUUAUGGUGGAAAAACCUAUUCUUAAUGCCGAAAAUACUCAAGUAAUUGGUUUUAAUGCAGCGUGGCGACCAGAGAGACCAUUUCCUGUAGAUAUGGCUGCGUUCGCAAUUAGUACUGAUUUGUUAUUUAAAUAUCCACAAGCGCAAUUUGCUUACGAGGUGGAGCGAGGUUACCAAGAAAGUGAAAUAUUAAGACACAUAACAACGAGAGAACAACUACAACCUUUGGCGAAUAAUUGCCGCGAUGUACUAGUGUGGCAUACCCGUACUGAAAAAACGAAUCUCGUAUCUGAAAUAAAACUGAAUAAAGAUGGGAAAUAUUCUGAUGUUGGCAUGGAGAUCUAACAUUAAUAAAAUAGUAUUUAAAAGUUAAAAGAAUUUGCGUCAUGAUUUAAAUGCUCGCAAUUUUUUAUAUUUGAUAUCCGGUAUAUUUACACAUUUAUAAAAAGUAUUUGAUUGACCUUCACGCCUUACUUUACGAGAAAUGCAUAUCCUCCACAAGUGAUUAAAAAGAUCGUAUGUCGUAGUACUUCCAAAAUAUUUAUGAUAUACAUUUAUUUUGCCCAUAAACAAAUUUAGUUAUUUAUGAACUAAAUAUUACAUGCAUCUUUAAAAUAGUUUAUUAUCUUAAGUAGUGAUAUUAUUAAUUGAAAGUAUGUGUGUGCAAAAUUUAUGUAAAUAAUUUUGCUAACAGACUUAAAAAUUUGUUGAUUUUUUAUAUAAUAAAAAGUAUGCAAUUGAUAUAAUACGUAGAGUUGCUUAUCAGAUCAGUUAGAUAAGAAAUAUUCAGACAGCUUGUUAUUUUUAAUGAAAGCUAAACAAACAUCAAAAGGUUAUUUAUACCGUCAACCAAUUAAAUUAUAUGUCAAUAUGUUUUUUUUUUUUUUGUUUUUUGGAAAUUUAAUGCAUUAAUAAUAAAAUGUUCCACAUUAUUUUGUGAAUGUAAAGGAUUUUUUUUUUCAAAGCUUUAGUUGUAAUUCUUAGUUUUGGUUAGAACAUCCAGAAUCAACACAAUUUAACUUACAUAAAAAUACCAAUAACCACCGAAAAAUUCAUUAUAUAAAACAAAUAUGAUAAUAUAAAAUUACCU